CACCUGUCCACCCCCAGACAAUACUGCAGUGAGGCCUCUGCCACCUCCACCAUGCUGGCCUCGGGGCUGCUACUGGCAGCCAUAUUCUUUUGCCUCUCAGCCCUAGUGGUGCUCUCUGUAUGGAAACAGAGGAAGAUCCGCAGCAGCCUUCCCCCUGGACCUACCCCCCUGCCUUUCAUCGGCAACUACCUGCAGCUCAACACCCAGCAGAUGUAUGACUCUCUCAUGAAGAUUGGGGAAAAAUUUGGGCCUGUGUUUACAGUCCACCUGGGACAGCGGGCCGUCGUAGUCCUGACUGGGUAUGAGGCCGUGAAGGAGGCACUGGUCGACCAAGCAGAAGAAUUCUCUGGUCGGGGGGAGCAGGCCACCUUUGACUGGCUCUUUAAGGGAUUCGGUGAGUGUCUUGGCAGGGACCAGGCCAAUGUGGCCUUCCCUAGGUUACUGGCAGAGGCGGUGCUGGGCGGAGUUGUAACGUACUGGGAUGAGAUCUGGGUUCAGAGAGGCAAGUACUGUGCCGCUUGGAGGGGUACGGCAGAGAGCAAACUCUCUCUGUCUAGCCUCCUUCUUUACGUACUACGCCGACCCCAGACACCUCCCCCCG